AUGGGCUUCUCUCUGUUACCAAAAGCAACUCCUUGCAUUUUGUUCUUGGUUCUUCUGUCCUGUACUUGCUUCACUUCAACAGAUGCUUAUGACCCGCUUGACCCAAUUGGGAAUAUCACAAUCAAAUGGGAUAUUAUAAGUUGGACCCCUGAUGGAUAUGUAGCUGUUGUUACAAUGAACAACUUCCAACAAUAUCGUCAUAUUGCUUCACCUGGGUGGUCACUAGGAUGGACCUGGGCAAAAAAGGAAGUAAUAUGGAGCAUGAUGGGGGGGCAGACCACUGAACAAGGAGAUUGUUCAAAAUUUAAGGGAGGUGUUCCACAUUGCUGUAAGAAAGAUCCGACAGUUGUAGAUUUGCUUCCUGGAACACCUUACAAUCAACAAAUUGCAAAUUGCUGCAAAGGUGGGGUUCUCAGUUCAUUUGCGCAGGACCCGACCAAUGCAGUUGCAUCAUUUCAAGUUAGUGUUGGUAGAGCUGGAACCACGAACAAAACUGUCAAAGUCCCAAAAAACUUCACCUUGAAAGCACCAGGACCAGGUUAUACUUGUGGUCCAGCCAAGAUUGUGAAACCCACUCAAUUCAUACAAGCAGACAAAAGGAGAGUGACCCAAGCACUGAUGACAUGGAAUGUGACAUGCACAUACUCACAAUUCCUAGCUCAGAAAACUCCCUCUUGCUGUGUCUCACUUUCAUCUUUCUAUAAUGAUACUAUUGUUCCGUGCCCAACAUGUGCAUGUGGUUGCAAGAGUAACUCAUCUCAGUCAGGGAGCUGUGUGGAUCCAGGUGCCUCACAUUUGGCAUCGGUUGUAUCUGGCUCUGGGAAGAAUAAUUUGUCACCUUUGGUUCAAUGUACUAGUCAUAUGUGCCCAGUCCGAAUCCACUGGCAUGUUAAGCUAAACUACAAGGAGUACUGGCGUGUAAAGGUUACUAUUACUAAUUUUAACUACAGGAUGAACUAUUCUGAGUGGAACUUGGUUGUUCAACAUCCAAACUUUGACAAUUUGACUCAACUGUUCAGUUUCAACUACAAGUCAUUGACCCCUUACGGUUCAAUAAAUGAUACAGCAAUGCUAUGGGGAGUUAAGUUCUAUAACGAUUUUCUCAACCAAGCGGGCCCUAAUGGCAAUGUUCAAUCCGAGCUACUCUUCCGAAAGGAUAAAUCAACUUUUACUUUUGAUAAGGGAUGGGCUUUUCCUCGAAGGAUCUACUUCAAUGGUGACAACUGUGUCAUGCCACCACCUGAUGCUUAUCCAUGGCUACCUAGUGCUGGUUCCCGGCAAGAGGUUUCCUUGCUUGCUUUAGUGGUAUCUUCUUUGGUAGCCUUGGUAUUUUAUGCCCACGCUUAA